AUUAGGUGCUAUUUAAUUAGGUGCUACCAAUUUAUUGAUGGUAUCAUGUUUUCUUUUGUUUUCUUUUGAAAUCCCAAUAAAGGAAGAGACUUGUAAAACGAAAAACAGCAACUGCGUUCUGUUUAUGCAAAAUGCAGUCGCGUCUUUCCAUGAGACAAUGCGGAAAAAACGACAGAAGCCACUCGCUUUCCUUUAUUAUCUGCAUUAAACGUUAAGCAACUUUUCCUGGCUUGAUUUUCCGGUUUCUAUUUUUGUGGCUUCUUGUUACCAACUUCUCGAGCUCGCUCGUUCUGUCCUCUCUCGCUAAGCUGUGGACAUCAGUCUCGUAUGCGCCUCUUCACUCGUAGCAACGUCUCAACAUUGGCACUCUCCCUACAAGCCUCUUUCAUAACCUCCUGGCAACGAGUCCAAACAACCUAGAAUUUUAUUACUGAGCCCUGAUGUUGCUACGAUACGGCCAUUGAUACUAUUGAAAGGAUCAUUAUUCUCGUGAGAUACAUAUUAUAUUGAUAUUACGAUAUUAUUAUGUUAUUGCUAUACUUAUGUCGCAGAUUUGUUUCUUGCGAAUGAUUACCCUAAGUAAGGAAGGAAAUGCUUCUAAGGUGAAGAGUUCUUUGAGUCGCUAAUAUCAAGCAAAAGCUAUGCUUACGCAAAAGUGAAUAAACAAUACCAACAAAUUUUGUCACUAUUUGUGAGUACUUACUAUGACUGACGAUUGCCCUAUUGUUGAUAUUUUCGUGACAUAUUUUCAGUCCUUACCCUUCCCCUAUUGGGACAAUGAUAGUUGUGGGGGACCUUCUGUCCACCUGUUCUUUACCAACCACCUUAAAUCAACUUUCCUAAGAGGUUUUGAUUGAGAAAACCUUUGUUUUAGGAAGGACCAUCUUUUUUAUUUAUUUCAAGUUCUUUACUUGAGCACUUGAGUUUUCCUGUCUCUAGUCUUUGCUUAUUUCUGCAACAAUGAAGGCACUGAUUCUCGUCGGCGGUUUUGGUACUCGUCUCCGUCCUUUGACCUUGACUUUGCCUAAACCUUUGGUUGAAUUUGGCAAUCGUCCCAUGAUUCUUCAUCAAAUCGAAGCCUUGGCUGCUGCUGGUGUUACUGACAUCGUCUUGGCUGUUAACUACCGCCCUGAAAUUAUGGUUCAAGCUUUAAAGAAGUAUGAAGAAGAAUACAAGGUUAAGAUCACGUUUUCUGUGGAAAACGAGCCCUUAGGCACUGCUGGUCCUCUUGCUCUUGCUCGUGACAUCCUUGGCAAGGACAGCUCUCCCUUCUUUGUUUUAAACAGCGAUGUUAUCUGCGAGUAUCCUUUUGCUGAUUUGGCCAAGUUCCAUAAAGCCCAUGGCGCUGAAGGUACCAUCGUUGUUACCAAGGUUGAGGACCCCUCGAAGUACGGUGUUGUCGUUCACUACCCUAACUCUAAGUCCUUGAUCGAGCGUUUUGUUGAGAAACCCUCUGAAUUUGUUUCCAAUAGAAUUAAUGCUGGUAUCUACAUCCUUAACCCUUCAGUUCUUGACCGCAUCCAACCUCGUCCUACUUCUAUCGAAAAGGAAGUUUUCCCUGCUAUGGUUAAAGACAAUCAGCUGCACUCCUUUGAUUUAGAGAGCUACUGGAUGGACGUUGGACAACCCAAAGACUACCUUACUGGCACUUGCCUUUACUUGACCUCUUUGAGAAAGCACAAGCCUGAGAUGUUGUCCCCUGCUGGCUCUUCCAUUAUUGGCAAUGUCUUGGUUGAUCCUUCUGCAACCAUUGGCAAAAACUGCAAGAUUGGCCCUAACGUUGUUAUCGGUCCUAAUGUGACCAUUGGUGAUGGUGUUCGUCUUCAACGAUGCGCUAUCCUCAAGUCUUCCCGUGUACGUGACCAUGCCUGGGUGAAGAGCACCAUCGUCGGAUGGAACUCUACCCUCGGAUCAUGGAGCCGUUUGGAAAAUGUCUCUGUUUUGGGUGACGACGUUGUCGUCAAUGAUGAAAUCUAUGUCAACGGCGGUAGCAUCUUGCCUCACAAGAGUAUUAGCGCCAACAUUGAAGUCCCCGGUACUAUCGUUAUGUAAAUUUGCUUAUGUAUAGGAUCCUUUUUUUUUACUUUUACAUUAACUUCCCUCUUUCCGUUUAUUCUUUACCAUCUUUGUACCUAAUACUACUCUUUUUCUUUCAUUGCCUUUUUUAUUCUUCUAAAAUCACACUCUUUUUGUCUAUCUCUUCUUCUUUUAUCGAGUUAGUAAAGGAUGCAGGUUUCUGUCUUUUUGAUUCUCUUGUUGCAAUAGAAUGAAACAGUUCAUAUGUACAUUUAUUCGUUUUUAACUUGAAACGUUAGAAAGGCAGUUUAUUUGGCAAGUCUGAAGAGCUUUUUCUCUAUGAUUUGGUUUUCUUUGUGAUUUUUUUCCUAGUAGUAAUGCAGCCGACUAUGUUGUAUUGGGUUAGCCGAUAUCGCAACAGAAGCUGUGAAAAGAUAAUCAUUUCAAUAAAUCCUAAGAUU